AUGCGAUUCCAGGAUGGCAAAACGCUAACGAAUGAAAGCUUCUUUUACCCCGAUCUACUUGGUGUCGAUGUAAGUGUGCUAGUACCGGGUGGAGUGGCCGAUUUCAAGUAUUUAAAGGUUCUGUACCACGAGCAACAAAAGCUAGGCGCAUAUGCAACUUGUCGCCUGAGUAAGAAAGCUGUCUUCACAGAUGGAUUGGAGAAGCAGCAGGUCAGCGCCGAUGGAACACGCUAG